GCGAGAGGGAGAUACGAUGGCUUCCUCCUCUGGCAACGAUGAUGAUCUCACUAUACCUAGAGCUGCUAUCAAUAAGAUGAUCAAAGAGACUCUGCCCAACGUCCGGGUGGCCAACGAUGCCCGGGAGCUGGUGGUGAACUGCUGCACUGAAUUCAUUCACCUUAUAUCUUCUGAAGCCAAUGAGAUUUGCAACAAAUCAGAAAAGAAGACCAUUUCACCCGAGCACGUCAUACAAGCACUAGAAAGUUUGGGCUUUGGCUCUUAUAUCAGUGAAGUAAAGGAAGUCUUACAAGAAUGCAAGACUGUAGCAUUGAAAAGAAGAAAGGCCAGUUCUCGUUUGGAAAACCUUGGCAUUCCUGAAGAAGAAUUAUUAAGACAGCAACAAGAGUUAUUUGCAAAAGCUAGACAGCAGCAAGCAGAAUUGGCCCAGCAGGAAUGGCUUCAGAUGCAGCAAGCUGCUCAACAAGCACAGCUUGCUGCCACAGCCAGUGCGUCUAACCAGGCAGGAUCUUCUCAGGAUGAAGAAGAUGAUGAUGAUAUCUGAAAUUUACCAGCUGAGUUUCUAUUUCCUCUAUAAAUGUUUCUCCCUGCACAAGAAAACAGUGAAAGAAAUGCUUCUCUGUAAUUUUGUAUGCAUUUUGGUGGACUUGCCAUUGGUAUUCUAGGGAUGUCUGUUGUUAAGUUUCAUCUAUUGUGUGCUAUUCAUGUAAAAACUGUCUCUUUGAACUAUUGAAAAUUUAAGGUUCAGUAUAAUAUCAAUUUUGAAUUUUUAAUGGUGUUUAUGAAAUUUUAGAUAGCAGUGAGUCCUUCAUUUGAUCAAUAAACAGUGUUACAGAAAACGUCAGGUUUAUAAAAUGCAGUGAAAUUUAUACAUACAGAAACUCUAAAUCUGCAUUUGCAUUUCCUCUGCCCUUUUAACUAAACUAAAAAUUGGGAAUUUUAAAUUAUUGGGGGGAGGGAGUUGUGUGAUGCAGUAGAUGUUAGAUCAGGUUGGUGAAAAAACAAAGAGUUCAGUUUUGUAGUAUCUGAAUUUUUUGUCUUUUAAAAUGAGUAUAUAUAUAUAUAGGCAGUAAAUAUAUAUGCUCAGAUAAAUAUACUUGUUUAAAAAAAUCUCAAAACAUUCAAAAACUAGGAAGGAGUAUGUUCAAUAGUUGUAUAAAUUCAGUGGGUUAUGUUUUUGAUUUUGUUUUUGUUUUAUGUAGAGGUAAAAACUACAGUUUUAUUAUGGCAUAAUUCAUCUUGAGCUAUGCUAUUUACAUUUCAGAGACUGCCCAAUUUUGAGGAUUCUCAUGAUUCUUACUAUUUCACUCCAAUAAUUGUUAAUAGUAUUACUUGCUUAGUCCAUCCAUGUUUAUUGGACCUUGUAAAACAAUUGCUUAAUGGAGAUUCAUGAAUAUUCCAACCUUUGCUGCAGGAAGAAAUGAAAGUUAAUAAGCAUGCUUACUGUAAAAGAGGGAUUUUUUUUGUAAUUUAACUUGUAGUUAUAGUUUACUUAUUGUUUGUAGCGUUACUUUUACAUUUUCUUGACUAGAUGGCCUAGAGUGUCCAAUGCUUCCUUUUGAAAUGGCAUCAUUGUCUCCAUCAUAAUUGAGUGAUAGCUUUAAAAAUGAUUGGCUUUAUUUUGUUUAAGAAAGCAUGUCAUAACUGAUCAGCCCUAUAUGAAACACAAGUAAUUUCAACCUACUCAUUAAAAGGAAGAAGCUUUACUUUGGUUCCAAUAAAUAAAGUAUGGUAGUGAUUUUUAUAGGAAUCCAGUGAGUUGAAGAAAUGGCAUAUUAUUUGUAUUUUGGAAACAGAAUGGAAAAGCCAUUUUGGAAAAAAUGAAAUAUUAGCAUACAUUUAUUAAAUACACUUCCUCCAUGCCAUGAAAAGGUUGAUUUUGCUGGAUGUUUUAAGUUGAAGUUGCUACUAUAUUCAUGAAGUGCUUUGGACAAGAUAGAAGGGGUUGUUUUUUUAAAAGUUUAAGUACCAAAGGUAGUCUAGUCUAAGAAAUAAUAAGUUAAUAAGUGUUGGCUUUUCUAAUUUGUACUGUAACAUCCUUAUACUUUGUAUUUUAAGAUUAUCCUUUUCUUAAGUAAACAACUUAGAUAUUUUUCCACACUUUUUUUUCCCUGAUGCAGAGUUCAGGUUAAUUAAUAUUUUACUGCAUCUGAUAAUGUAUUAUAUGUUUGAAGCCUAGUGACUUUUCAUUUUGACAUUCUUGUGAUUUCAUAUGCUGUAUUCUUCAAGCAAUAAAAUUCUGAUGUGUUUUAUAAAUUGUUUUUACAUUUAAUAGUCUACACAGAUUAGCAGCAGAUGUCUAUUAUUAACAUUUUUACUAGUUUCAAGAAUCUUAGGCCCAGAAAAUAUUUUGAUCAUUUGAUAUAUAGUACCUGACUUUCUCCUUUGUUUAUUGUUAUUUCAGAAAAUGUGGUUUUACUUGUACUUCUGUAAUUUACAGUUCUAGGAUCUAGGCAUAACAAAGCUAAUUAAGCAGCGUUUUAUUUUUAGCUUAUUUUUUAACAUUUUAAAAGUCAUUAUACUGUCCGUUGAGAUUUUUAAAAUCUUGUGGAGAGAAAAAUCUUUAGGGUUCUUGAGAAAUAAAGUUAUUGUUUAGUAAA